GCCCUUACUCUGUAGUUCGAGUCGAAAGGUUGUUCUAUUCGAAAGCCAAAUUCGAAUCGAAGCCCCAUUCGUACUCCAUAGUUCGUUCGAAUCAACUUUCGAAGAUAUUCGAAAAAAGAGAGCAACACUGUUCGCCAAACGUCAAACGCAAAGCAAAAUAAAGAAAGAAACUAAAAUCAAAACAAGAUGAAAUUGCUGACAUUUCGAUUGUGAAGUUUGUGCACUUAAGAACUCAGUAAUUGUUGUGUUAAAUAUAUUUAAUAUUAGUGAAAGUCCUUGAUAAAAAAAAUUACCAAAUGGAUUCAGUGGCGAUAUGGUUGGAAGCAGAUGAAGGCCAAGUGGCGGAACGAGUGCAAUUGAGAGCGCUUAGGGAUAAGGCCAACAUAUUCACUCUCAAUGAUAAAUGUUUUACGCAAAAUUUCCGCCUAAACAAGCAAGCGUUUCGGUACGUGCUAAAUGCCAUUACGCCGGAGUUAAGUACUCCGCGAAAAUCCACAGCAAUUCCGCCCAUUAUUAAGCUGGCCGCCGCACUGAAAUUAUUGGGGCAAGGAGGUUACCAACACCAAAUCGGCCAAGACCAACACGUAGGCCUUUCUCAGCAGUCAAUGUCACGCUGCCUUAUUGAAGUGUGCAAAGCCAUUGAGAAAACGCUUUUCCAACAACACAUUAAUUUUGCAAGUACGGACGCAGAGGAAACAGAGGCGAAAUUAUACUUCUAUGAAAAGUGUGGCAUUCCGGGCGUGUUGUUUGCAAUAGAUGGCACACAUAUACAAAUGAUAAGACCAACAAGGAAUGAGCAUUUGUAA